CACAAAAAAGGGAAGAAGAAGAAGAAGAAGAGGCCAAACAAAAGGGUCAAUAUAGAGAAUCUUGGCUAACACCCAGAAUCAUUCUCAAGAUAUAAACAUAUAGUCAACGACAAACUCCUGUCUUAAACAUAAUUUUCUCCUCGUACAUGUUGGAGCUGAUAGGUGUUAUUUCCUUGUUUCUACUUUAGAUUUCUAUUUAGAGCUUGUCAAAUCUAAAGUUUGGAUCUUUGUUUCUAAAAUUGGAGUUAUAUUACUGGGUGAGUUAGACUUCGGAAUGGGUUCUGCAAAUGGAAACCAAAAUGGAGCCCAAGAGAACCUCAGAAAGCAGCUUGCUGUUGCAGUUAAAGGUCUCCAGUGGAGUUAUGCCAUUUUCUGGUCCAUUUCUGAUAAACAACCUGGUGCUCUGGAAUGGGGUGAUGGGUUCUACAAUGGAGAUAUCAAAACAAGAAAAACGGUUCAGGCCAUGGAGUCAAAUGCUGAUGACCUGGGACUAGAAAGAAGUGAUCAAUUGAGGGAGCUUUUCGAGUCUCUCUCUCAAGGUGAAAUGAGCCCUCGACCUAAAAGGCCCACUGCUGCAUUAUCCCCCGAGGAUUUAACUGAUGCUGAGUGGUAUUUCUUGAUUUGCAUGUCGUUCGUGUUCAACAUUGGCCAAGGGUUGCCUGGGAGGUCAUUAGCUCAAAAUGAAACUGUGUGGUUAUGCAAUGCUCAUUGUGCGGAGACUAAAUCAAAAGCAUUGUAUGGCCAAAUGCCCUGGUUAUACAAUUGCUUGGCAAAUUUACUGACUUCUUCUGUUUUCAAUUCUGUGCCGGUGGGUAACUUUCAUUUGCUUUAUCCAGAGUGCAUCAAUCCAGGAGGUGUAAUGGAGCUUGGAACUACUGAGCUGGUUCCUGAGGAUCCAAUUCUGAUUCAGCAUGUAAAAACAUUUUUCCUGGGGAGUCCUUCCACAAUUUUCUCCAACAUUCCCAAUCAUGGAGAUCCUUCUUCGCCUAACGAACUCGGAAAAAAUCUCGAUCAGCAGCUAUCAGACUAUCAAGAUACUACUAACAUUUGUUGUCCCGAGAUCAAUUCAGAUGAUUUUCCAGAAAACUUUCUGAAAGAGGAAUCAAAUUUAGCAAAUGACAUUUAUAAAGACAACUAUUCUUUGAGCUCGAGCGAUUGCAUAUCUCAAACUCUUGGUAAUCCUGAGACAAAUAUCCCAUCUUCGGACAAAAGUAAGGCCAACGAUGAUUUUGUUUGCAAAAAUCAAGAAUGUCAUGAGCAGACACACGAAUCUUCCGGUUUCGAAGGCAAUGCCGAUUGUACUCGUUAUCAAAAUUUGCUUUCCAAUCUUCUAAGGGGCUCCCACGAGUUGAUUUUGGGGCCGUACUUCAGUAAUGGAAGUAGAAAAUCUAACUUUGUUAGUUGGAAGGGCUCGAAACCGUGCAGCAAUUCCCUUCGAACCAGGACACCACCACAAAGAUUACUUAAGAAAGUCUUGUUUGAAGUUCCAAGAAUGCAUGAAAAGAAUAAUCAGACCAAAUCUAGAAAUAAACAACAAAGUGACAAAAUUGAUGGCUGUAAACGAGACGGUGAAGAAGGUGGUGAUAGAAACCAUGUCUUGUCCGAGAGGAGGCGCAGAGAGAAAAUUAAUGAGAGACUUAUGAUUCUUGGAUCACUUAUCCCAUCUGGUGGCAAGGUUGAUAAAGUAUCUAUCCUUGAUCAUACAAUCGAGUACUUAAAACAGCUGGAGAGAAAAGUGGAAGAGUUAGAAUCUUACAAAAGAGUAAUGAAGCUAGAAACAACAAGAACACAAACGGGACCUCAUGAAGCUAUUGAGAGGACAUCAGGUAAUUACAGUCCUAGAGAAACUGGCAUUUUGAAGAGAAAAGCUUGUGAUACGGAUAAAACAAUAGCUGAUCACAAAAGGGGCCGACCAAGAGAUUCUUCAAAAGGCAGUAUAAUUCUUAAUGUCACAGAAAAGGAUGUGUCGAUUGAUAUCAAGUGUGGUUGGAAGGAGUUUGUGUUGGCUGAAGUUAUGGAAGCUAUAACCAAACUUCAUUUGGAUUCACAAACCGUUCAGUCUUCCAUUGCCGAUGGAAUUCUCUCCAUGACUAUAAAAGCUAAGUGCAAGGAAGUGAAAGGUCCAUCGGCAAGUGUGAUCAGACAAGCACUUCAGAAAAUUAUCAGAAAAUCUUGAAGACGAAAGCUCCAGAUUUUUUUUUUUUUUUAGUUGUGUUAGUUUUGUAAAGUUUUAGUAAGUCGAACAAGUAAUGUUCAUGCAUCGCAGUCCAGCAAACAUUGUUCGAUGAAUUUUUUGUAUGUUAAUUUAGUCAUGUUAUUUAGUUUUUUCUGUUACUCACUGUGUUACCCUUUUUUUCUAUUUGAAUGUGUUUC